UGACUUUGACUUAUAUAUUAUGGGCCUGAACGCAGGCACGUCAGUAUGGCUGCGCUUCUGAAUCUUCGUGCUAUCCUCACUGAUGCCAGAGCCUACAUAGAACACGCUCUAUCACCGCUUCCGUUCCUGCACCAUUAUCAAGCCGGUGCUCAGUGCGUAUCAUCCCCAGAACCCACUCUCGCUUCAAACACACACAUAUUUAUGUCUGUCUGUCUGUCUGUGCAGGACGUUCAGAUAGAAGUACUUACUAGUACCGAGUCCACUCACAAUGCAUGUCAUGCGCGGACACCCAAUGUACACCCCCCGCGUAACUCGGAAGCCAUCUCGCGGGAUGUUAACAUUGGGUGUCCCCAAAGGGACUAACAGGUUUACUCAUGACACUCCGAUCCCAGCACGUCCCCCUUAACCGCCACCUCUACCGCAUUAACAAAGUCGAAAGUCCACACUGCCUACACUGCCCAUAUGACGAAGAAUCAAUUCACCACUUUACGCUAAAAUACCCUACUAUGUGAGAGAGAGACACACGCCCUUCAAUGCGCACUAGGACGUGACGC